AUGAAGCUUCUAAGAUCAGUUCGCGAUUAUCGGCUUAUCGAGAAGCAACUCCUCUUGCUGCGUACCUCUCAAACCUGCUCAGUGCGUGGUUCGGAUGUUAGCAGUGCCAUGCCGGAAAGUGAACAUGAGCCCGUGAUCCCCGCGCAGCUGUCUUUCCUCGCCAUAUACAAUCCAACUCUCGGACCCACCGACGAGACCCUCGAAGACCAGAUUGUGUUCUACACGUCACGUUCGGGCUAUAUACAGCGUACAGAAGGCUCAAGCAAUGAGGAAGAAGGCGCAAGCCCCCCUGCAGAUGGGAAGAAUGAGAGAUUGUGGCAGAUUGGCCUCGCGCAGGGGAUGGUGAGCUUUGCCAGCACCUUCUCUAGCAAACCUCUGGAAUACGUCGAGACGGAGAAAUCCCGCAUAGUUCUUUUUGAGCUAGAAAAGGACUGGUGGAUUGUUGCUGUCACCCAGAACAUUGACCUUACUCGGCUGUUAGCUGAAGCGAGGCAACCUUCUUCGACAGAUAAGAGUAAUGGGCCCAGUUAUCACUACUCCUCGAGGGAGAUGGGACCUCCCCAUUUGCUCACUCAGCAAUUACGCCGUGCUUACUCAAUAUUCCUUCUGCAUCACGAUUACUCGCUGAACGAUCUAUAUACACGCGUGGGACGAUCUGCUUUCUGUUUAUUCAUGGAGCGUUUUUGGGAGAAGUUUGCCUGGAAUUGGGAGCUUCUGCUAAGUGGGAACCCAAUUGUCGAGAUAUACAACGGAAUCAAGCUCGCCGCCGGCGGGGAGCUGGGUAUCGGCGUGGGAGAAGAAGAGUGGGGCAGCGGAGAAAGAGAGGUACUCGAGGACUUUGUUUCCAGGACAGAAGGACUCCAAGACUUGGUCGUCUCCAGGUUUGGCGAGCCGCACAGCCAUAACAGCGACUCGCCGCCGUUAACAGACUCUAAGGGAGAGGCAUGGCUAGGAAUGGACGCAGACCCUCAGUCAGCGGACGGCGUAGUCUUCUCCGGCGUUCAUACCAUCUCCCGAAGAUCUGUAGCACGAAUUUCUCACUGGAUGGAAUGGAUUUACCGGUAUGGUGACGCAGCUUACGGCAUAGGGCGAGACCCGAGCUCAAUGCGCAGGCGAAAGCCGCGAAGGCAUCGCGGUAAACAUCUCCACGGAGGUACUAGCAGUCAUGGCGAAAGGAGUUCUACCCCAGAACAGACUCAUCUUCCGGGUAUUCCGCGUCCUCUUAUCACCGCUACUUCGCAAUCUCAGGUUGAGGUGCCUGAAAACAGCGGUGCUUCUUCGCCUGCAAACAGCAGUCAGAAGAACGAGGCAUCAGCAUUUGGUACUGAUACCAUGAUGAAAGUGCUGACGCUGGGAUAUGGAUCUGCCUGGAGUUUCCCUAGCAAGAUUGCAUCUCCUCUAUCUACUGAGUCCAGUACCCCUAGUCCAAAAUCGUCAGCGAAUGCAGUCCAAACAAGUGAUCCUCCUCUGGAGCCCAAGCCCAAGCCCAUGGGUCGAUUUAUUCUGGGGGCUCGAGAUGAUUUAGAUACUUUGGAUGACUUUGAAGAAGAGAGCGCAGUCCUCGUGUCAGAUACAAAUACGAAAACUCGCAUUGUGCAUCGACCUCUCCACCUUCACUUGCGCGGUGGUGAAAAUGUGGACAGUCGGCAGAAGCUCCAUGCAGUAAUCUACGUGUACCGACCCUUCAUGUUCACUUUCUUAUUCGACUCAGAAUCCGCGGCUCUCUCUUCGCCUGCCCUCUAUUCUAGCAUUCAUCACCAACUGGGCCCUCUCCAAAAACCACUCGUGUCGUCCACUUCAACUACAGCCGCCACGUCUCGUAUCGCAAGUUCCAAUAAUUCAGAGCUUAAUAAACGCUUCGCUCCCCGAGAUCAGUCAGUUUACGAUCUGGUCUAUGACCCAUCCAAUUUGACCAUUCGCACUUCCAUACCCAACAUACCAAAUCUCGGCACACCUUUCCAACCCCUCGAAACCUCUCACUCACCUCGCACCUCAUCAUCGACUCCUAACCAACCUUCAAAGCAAUGGACCCGCGUCGAGAGCCUUACGAUUCACCAACACCUUCUGACUACAUAUAUCGACACCCGAUGUCGGCCCCAGGAAAUUGAGCGCACUUGUAAGAUGAGUCGUGGAUGGUGGGUCCUUUGGGUACGCAUGCCCUCAAGUCCUAGCGAUUCAACACCUCGAGCUCUAUCCACAACUUCUUCGUCCGUUGCUCUGUCCACGAUGGCCGAUGACCAACAAGACCCAUCACCAAAGUCUCGGCUCGAGUCUUGUGCUGAGCCCCACGAAGCCUUCAUCAUCCGCAUGGCGAGUGACCAUGCCUCACAGGCCGGACAUGCACGCAUGAGUAGUGGAGCCCGCUUCUUUCGGGACUUGGGAGGCGCCUCGUCAACGAACACAGUAGGGGGCGUGCUGAAAACACGCCGUCUAAGCUGGUGGAGGGACUUGGGAUAG